AUGGACAGUUGUCUCUCCAAUCAAGCGGCGCUUCCAUUUCUCCCGUCGCGUUUGAGGAGACAGAGCGGCGACGGAGGUGGCGGAGUUGGGUUUGUUAUUCCGGCGAGAAGGAAGAUCCGGUUUAGUUCGAUGGUCGUUGUUGCGGCGACGGGACCUAGCCGGUGUGAGCCUGGAAGCAGUCUUAACGCGCCGCUUGAGCCGCGAUCGGCGCAGGGGAGGUUUCUGAGAAGCGUUUUGCUAAACAAGCGGCAGCUUUUUCACUUCGCCGCUGCUGAUGAGCUUAAGCAACUUUCCGAUGACCGUGAAGCUGCCUUCGCUCGUAUGUCUUUUAGCUCUGGUUCCGAUGAGGCAUCUCUUCACAGAAGGAUAGCUCAACUCAAGGAACGUUACUGCAAAACUGCAGUCCAAGACAUUAUGUACAUGUUAAUCUUCUACAAAUACUCCGAGAUAAGAGUCCCGCUAGUUCCAAAGCUCUCUAGAUGCAUCUACAAUGGAAGGCUCGAGAUCUGGCCUACAAAAGACUGGGAGUUAGAGUCAAUUCACAGCUGCGAGGCCCUUGAGCUUAUCAAAGAACACGUAAGCGCAGUCAUCGGAUUACGGGUUAAUUCAUGUGUGACUGACAAUUGGGCGACAACACAGAUACAGAAGCUGCAUCUUGGCAAAGUAUACGCUGCCUCGAUCUUGUACGGUUACUUCAUGAAAUCUGCUUCCCUUAGGCACCAACUCGAGUGCUCCUUAUCGGAUCUCAAUGGAAGCGGAUAUCUGAAAAGUCCCGUCUUUGGAUGCUCUUUCACAACGGGAACUUCACAGAUCUCCAACAAGCAGCAGCUGAGACAUUACAUCUCAGGGUUCGAUCCCGAGACAUUGCAGAGAUGUGCGAAACCGAGGACAGUGGAAGCAAUGAAUCUGAUAGAGAAGCAAAGUUUGGCCCUUUUUGGCGCGGAGGAUCACAGCGAGACCAUCGUGACAUCGUUCUCGAGUCUGAAGCGGCUGGUUCUAGAGGCUGUGGCGUUUGGGACGUUUCUGUGGGACACAGAGUUGUAUGUAGAUGCUUCGUGA